AAGAUACCUUCCUUAGUAGGCAGGCAGUUGUUAAAAACAAAACGGCGCCGAGGCCGUUCGUGAUGCUUUUAUAGACGUUGUUUGUAUUCAUUGAUGCAGUAGUUGAGCUGCGUUAAUGAUAUGAGAAGGCAGUGGAGGUAAACUGUGUAGUCGACUUUUGGACCGCAAAGUGUUCAGUUGUGUUUUGUGUGUGCAACAACAAACUUUCAAUUGUUGCUACUCUACUGUGCGAGCAUAUAUAAAUAAAAUGCUUUUAAUUUCUACAUCCUGAAAGUAGCCAUUCAGAGAUUAGGCAUAAAGUAUAUCGGUUAACAACUACCUAUUUACCUAAAUUACUCAAGGAAAAAUGGUCUUCGAUUGUGGAGCGUGUAUAGCAAAAUAUUUGCUAUGUUGUUUCAAUUUCAUCAUAUUUGUAGCCGGCUCCGUCAUCCUAGGGGUAGGAAUAUGGUUGGCAGUUGACAAAAGUUCUUUUAUCGCAUUAACGAAAGUCGUUCCCAGCGAACAUUUAGAGCAAUUUACACAACCAAAGGUCAUCGAUCAAGCAUCAUACAUAUUAAUCGUUGCUGGCGCUUUCAUGUUCAUUGUCAGUUUUCUGGGAUACUGUGGCGCCAUCCGAGAAUCUCAACACCUGCUCACCGCAUACGGAGUAUGUUUAAUUUUAAUUCUAAUACUCGAAAUAACAGCGGGAGGUUUGGCGGCUGCCUAUAAGGGAACAGCCGAAGAAGAGACGCGAACUUUCCUAAAGAGUACAAUAAAGAAGUAUUACACAUCGGGGAAUCAGACUGACGCAUUUUCGCUGCUUUGGAAUCACAUACAGGCGCAGCUUUCCUGCUGUGGUGUUGACAAUUACAAGGACUUCGAAGAUGCAAUACAUUGGGAUAAAAAUAAAGUGAUACCAGAAUCGUGUUGCGUGCUUGCAGAGCCAAGUACUUUUAAACCUAAAUUUCCCAUUUGCACAACUCGUCCUGACGAAUUAAAUUCUUACAGAUUUAAGGGUUGCUUAAAAGCUGCAUUAGAAUGGAUAAUGUCCCACAUGAACAUAGUAAUUGGAGUUGGAAUAGGUUUAGGAGUUGUACAGUUGCUUGGAAUAUUUUUGGCAUUUUGCUUAUGCAAGUCAAUAGACGGGUACAUUAAAUAAUAUUCCAGGUGUAUCGCCUUGUUAAUACCUAUUCUAGUCCUAAUUGAGUAGUAAUUCUUACUAUUACACCUACGCAUUUAAUUUAGUUUUGUAUAAAGCGUGUUUUUAUUUAAUUUUAAGUAAGUAGAUUUAUAGAUAGGUACGUACUCAUCGUAAGUUAUAAAAGAAUCUUCACUCAAGAAUGCAGUAUUACUAUAAGUACUUCUCGAAACAGAUUUUUCACAUUAAACAAUUUUUAAUGAAUGAAUCAAAAAUCCACGAUUGCUGCUCCUCUGUAUUCCGGGAAUGAGUUGCGUUAAACUCUUAAAUACGACAAUAGAAAGACCAUGCAGCGA